AUGGCUUCGCGGAGGAGGAUGCUUCUCAAGGUUAUAAUUCUCGGGGACAGUGGGUAUGUUUACUUGGCUCACGCUCCUGACUCAAGGUUUACGUUGCUCGAUCUGGCUGCCUGUGUAUGAUAUUCUCUGCAGAGUUUUCUACGAUUUGUGGGUAAUCAUUGUAUGUUCGAUUGGAUCUGCAAAAACAGAAAAAAUUACGCUGAUCAUGAGAGAAUUUUCUGGUUUUCUGUGGUUAACUUUAGCAAAACAUAUUCUGACUUUCUUCGCUCUUAAUUCUGUCUCUGCUUGUCCUUUAUAGGGUCGGGAAGACGUCUCUGAUGAAUCAGUACUCUCGAAACCCUAUCCUCCCUUUUCCAUUCUCUAAUCUAUGAGGGGUAAAUAUAUAUAUAUAUAGGCUGAUGGGGUUCCCUCUUGAUCGGUGAAUUUCUAGGUAUGUCAAUCGGAAGUUCAGUAAUCAGUACAAGGCAACCAUUGGGGCCGAUUUCUUGACAAAGGAGGUCCAGUUUGAGGACAGGCUGUUCACGCUUCAGGUGAGUUCUAGGUUUCUAACGUCUGCCUUCUGCUAUCUGGAACACCCUUUUUUGCCUCCCUUACUUUUUAUGGCCAUAAUUGUUUUGAUCUUGCCAUUUUCUUUUCACAUUUUGAUGAUCAUCUCGUGAGCUUGAUGAUUUUAUUGUUUUUUGAAGCACAAAAAAUAAACCGUCUCUUUGUAUCCACUAAUUAUGAAUGAAGAAAGUACUUCUCAUAUGGGGUUUUCAUCAUCUUUUGUCCUCCUCUCUCUCUCUCUCUCUUUCUCUCUCUCUCAUUAUCUCUUUACCUCUAUCUCCAUCUAUCUAUACAUAGGCAUGUGCAGACGCACUCUUUUUAGCAUGAUCGGCAGAAUGAUAUCACCUAGAAUUAGAUUUCGCAUGUGCUUAGCAUAUCAAAGAUCAUUGAUUGACUGAAGUAUGAAAUUAAUGGCUUUAAGCAUAUUUAUCACCAAGUAAUAGGGUGCUUUUCCCUUUGAUGAGAGGAUCGGAUACAUGGCAUUUGUGCUGAUGAAAAAAUUGAACGAUUGAGAAAAAAAAAGACCAUUGCUUUUCUUAAUAAUUAGGAAGGCAUAGUUUCUUUGAAAUGUUGCUGGGAUCUAAUCUUGUAGAGAGUUAGGGGCUAUUGCCUCUAUAAUGCAUCCAUAUCAAUCAGCUAUGAAGAUAACAUCUUGAGACGGUACAUGCCUGUAGCUCAUGCAUUCAGGACCACUACUCAUUGACAUCCAGCAAAUCACUAUGAACUGAGGUUGGGGGGGAGUUGACAUUAUCACCUUUUGUUUUUGGAUGUGUUCUUGACUAUUCUCUACUGUCGUCACCAACUGACCCAAUCAUCUCGACCCCUGUCGUUGACAAUAUUUUUUUCUUUGGAUACAUUGGCCUUAGCAUUUUUCAUACCAACUACUCUUAACUUCUUUAACAUGAUUUUUCUUUGGAGCUUAAUAGUCCUCUCCAAUACUCAUCUAUAACCAGUUAACAUGUUGAGAAACAGUGUCAAACGAAGCUUUUUCAAACAAUUUAUGUUGUCUUUUGAUUUAUUGGCAUGGACUCCUAUCAGUCGGGGGUAAGUCGUUCUAUGUUUUACUCGAUUUGACUCGGUUUUUUCAGCUUUUCUGUUGUCAUCCAGGGCUUAGUUGGUCAACGUUUUACUUUUGUCCACAUUUCUGCGCCGUCCCAGGCAUUGGUCCGACAUUCAAAAGCUUUCUACAACCUUUGACUUUUUCCUUUUUAGCCUCUGAACGUUUUCUGUCCGUAUGACAUGGCUUGUCCUGCAACGAUUCAGAAAGCUAGACGGCAUGAUGGCUUUCCUUUUUUAUCACUGAGGAUUUUUUCAUGCUGGUGACAUGAUCCAGAUAUCAUCUGAAGUCAACUACAGGGCAUUUUCGUUGACCCCAUUUAUUUUUUCUCAUCAAUCUAUUAGAAAAAAAUUGAUUCUCUCAGUAGAAAAAAGUCUUCAUGAUUCAACUUUCUUACUAUGCGCAGAAAACUUGAGCCUACGACCAACAAAAACUGUUUGACUCACUGCUUUUCCCCUGAUCCUGCAUCUAGAUCUGGGAUACAGCUGGGCAGGAAAGGUUCCAGAGUCUUGGUGUGGCUUUUUACCGCGGCGCUGACUGCUGUGUUCUUGUAUAUGACGUCAACGUCAUGAAAUCAUUCGACAAUCUGAACAAUUGGCGGGAGGAGUUCCUCAUCCAGGUGACCGCCUACCCUUCUCUGCUCGGAGGUCCAUUCUCCAUGACUGAACAUUUGCUGAUGAACUCCUGAAUCAUCUGCCAUUGUGGGCUCAGGCCAGUCCUUCAGACCCUGAAAAUUUCCCCUUCGUGGUCCUGGGGAACAAGGUAGAUGUGGAUGGCGGAAACAGCCGCGUGGUAAGAUCUUCUUCUGACCAUCCAGAAAGAGGAGAGAUCUCCUGAGACUGACUCCCACACGCCGUUCCCUUCUUCUCAGGUCUCCGAGAAGAAAGCCAGGGCUUGGUGCGCGUCCAAGGGGAACAUCCCCUACUUCGAGACCUCUGCCAAAGAAGGGUUCAACGUCGAAGCUGCUUUCCAGUGCAUAGCCAAGAACGCCUUGAAGAACGAACCAGAAGAAGAAAUGUGGGUACCAAGAAAGUUACAACCUUUCUUCCCCCCUAAUUUUCAUCUGUUCUGGGCAUAAAUCUUCCAGCUUAAUCCGUCAAGGUCAACUGGACCGGCUGACAUUUUGUUGUUUCCCUUGUUGAAGAUAUCUUCCGGACACAAUCGAUGUUGCCGGCGGGAGGCAGCAGGGAUCCUCGGGCUGCGAAUGCUAG